AUGGUCGAAACAUAUGCAGCACCUGAAAAUCCUGAAAAAGAACCUGAUGAUAUAAGAGAAAAUAGAUUAAAAAGAAAAAGACAAGCUAAAUAUAGACAUUAUCAAAAAGAACAAACUGAUGCAGGACCUUCAACAAGAACAAGGUCAAAAACUUCUAAAGCUUCUGAAGUAUCAUCAGACACAAUAGCAAAAACAAAAAAAGGAAAAAUGGACAUUAAAUGUGAACAUUGUAAGGCUUUAAAAUGGGAGGGAGAAAAACCAGGACUUUGUUACAUAAAUAGUGAAGUUAUAUUAGCACCACUUCUUGCACUACUACCAGCAAUUUAUAAAUUGCUUACAGAAAAAGAUCCUAUAUCUAAAUUACCUUUUGUUAAACAAGCAAUAGCAUAUAAUCAAGUAUUUGCUUUUACGUCAAUUGAUACAAAGUUAGAUAAAAAAGUUGCCAAUGAAAAAAAAAGAGCUUAUAAUUAUAGAAUUUAG